ACACCAAUUGACUUGAUCACCUUUUUUUUUCAAUUCAAGUACUCAACAUUGCAGGUCAAACAUGGUAUCUCUGAACAAAUGUCAUCAACAGUUGAUCAACAGAGUAAUGCUUCUGAAGAGGAUGACAUCUCCUCUACAGCUGCUGAACUGGGUGAUAUUGGCUCUCUUUCCCCUCAUCAACCCUUGAGGAACUAUUGUUUUACAAACUGGCAGAAGGGUGAUAUGCUUGGAAGGGGUUCAUUAGGUCCUGUUUAUGAAGGUGUUAAUGAAUUUGGGUUCUUUUUUGCUGUGAAGGAGGUUGAUUUGCCUGAUCAAGGUGGCCAAGGAACACCGAGCGUUAUUCAACUUGAACAGGAAAUAUCUUUGUUAAGUCAGUUCCAACAUGAGAACAUAGUUCAAUAUCUUGGAACAGAUAAGGAUGAUGAGAAGCUAUAUAUCUUUCUUGAGCUCGCUACCGGAGGUUCACUGGCAAAACUCUACCAAAACUAUGAACUACAGGAUUCCCAUGUCUCGGCUUACACAAGGCAGAUUUUGAAUGGUUUGAAUUACUUGCAUGAAAGAAAUGUCGUUCAUAGGGAUAUCAAAUGUGCUAAUAUAUUGAUUGAUGCAAGUGGAACUGUAAAGCUUGCAGAUUUUGGAUUGGCAAAGGCAAUCGCAUUGAAUGACGUUAGUAUUUGCAAAGGGACUGCUUAUUGGAUGGCUCCAGAGGUUGUUAUCAAUAGAUCAAAGAAGGGUUAUGGACUUGCAGCUGAUAUAUGGAGCCUUGGCUGCACCGUGUUGGAGAUGUUAACACGUAAAACUCCAUAUUCCAACAUGGAAGUGAUGCGGGCACUGUUUACGAUUAAUAGUGGUGUUCUUCCUCAUAUUCCUGAUACAUUGUCAGCUGAGGCCCACGAUUUCAUACUUAAAUGCUUGCAAGUAAACCCGGAUAAUCGACCUACCACUGCAGAACUACUUGACCACCCGUUUGUGAAGAGGCAACUAUGAUGAACCUAGACGUUGCUUCUGGGAACGACAGUAGCAAGGUCUCAACUGUCACUUGAUCCAUAAGUUGAUGAGCGAUAGAAGUAUAGUUUAUGAACAUUUGUAAGAUAUUAAGAGUCUUUUAAUAUUGAUUAAGUAAACAUAUCCAAAUAUGUUUUAACUCACUUUCUUGUCAGAUGAUAUGCCAACUCCUAUAAGAAUAAUGAUAUGCCUUUUGUAUGUUGUACUAA